UGAUAUGAUAUAAGUAACAAAGGGGGGUCAUAGGGGGCAAUAAGUGACAUAUGGGACGUUGUUUGUUCACAAUCAUAUGGCAAUGUUUUGGUGAAGUGAUUGUCAAUAGUUUGUGUGAAUUGCUAUGAAUUUAAGACUAAUUGCUAGAAAUGUAUUGAUUUGGAGACAAACCAAAUGCACUUCACAUGCAUUGCAGUCAAUGAACCGAUUGUUGCAUACAUUGAAUGGCAAAUCAGUGCUCAAUGCGACCAAACAGUGCCACAAGAGUUAUGCACUCAUGAGGAGACAAUUGAGUGAUGAUCAACACAAUCAUAAUAAUGGUUUGAAACCCCCUUUAAUGACAUUCAAACCAAUUGUUUUCCCCAGCAUUUGGUCCCGAAUUAAGAACUGGAUUACAAUCCAUACCAUAAUUGCCCCCUAUUUUGACAAUCACUUCACUUUACAAGAGUUUGUCGACGGAUCCAAACAAGCUUUGGUCCACAUCUCCAAUCGUUUGGCCGAUGGGGACACGGAUUCACUGAAAGGGCUCGUCACCCAUGAGGCGUUGACUGAAAUCCGUGACAAUUUGCCAAAACUAAGUGCCAAACAGUUACAAGAACUGAGAGUUGAUCCCAAAGAUAUAAUCUAUACGUUUGUCGAUACCAUCGGAAUCAUUAUGAAUGACAUUGUUUACUAUUGUCUCUAUAAAUACCACAAAUUGACUCAAACCAGAGAUAUCCCGUUCAAGGAAUUUAAGGACAAAUUUGGUCCAAAUAUCACUAUUUGUAAUUACAGGGAUUACACUAAAGGAGUGGACAGUGACUGGAGUGUCAACCUAUUAGCCCAUUUCAAUAACAAUGAUUAUUUGGAUGCUUGGAUCAAAUGA